GCGCUCGGGGCCGCGCCCAGCCUGUAUCGGAACUCGUGGACGCGCUGCAGGUAAACCACAGGUGUGUUGUCCCGCUGUUUGAAGGAGACUCACCCGGAUCACACAACUGUGAUCUCGGAAGAAAAUAUAAUUAAAGCAUCACUGCUUGAGAAUUCAGUGAAGAUGGUGGAGUGAGAACAUGCGAGAAAACUAAAAUAGUCAACUUUUAGAAGAGAAGCUGAGUUUGUUCUCAACUGAUUUUUCUCUUUUCGACUGUGAAGCUGGAUGGAGUGAUUCAUAUUCACAUCAGUUUGGAUUACUGUGAAGGGACUGUGGGUUUUGUGCACAAUGGAUUUAAGCAUUACCAGACGAACAGGAGUGUUGCUCGUUACUUUCACAUUUUUAAGUCUUCUGUAUGGCGCCAGAGGAGAAAUCUCAGUCAAACCAACCAGCGGUGUAACAAUUUUGCCCCCGGUUAAGCCCGACGAUGGCCCCCAGGCCUAUCCAGAUCCGGAAAAGGCUUAUUUACCUAUGUUUACAAUGAAUUACCAAAGAAUACAGAUACCAUUUGAGAUCACUCUCUGGGUGCUGCUGGCUUCAUUUGCAAAGAUUGGCUUUCAUGUGUACCACAAGAUCACCAUCUGGGUGCCAGAGUCCUGCCUUCUGAUCAGCAUUGGUCUGAUUGUGGGUGGCAUCAUGUACUCUGUCCACGAGGAGCCCCCCGCUGUGCUCACCAGCAAUGUCUUCUUCCUCUACAUGCUGCCCCCGAUUGUCCUCGACUCGGGCUACUUCAUGCCCACCAGGCCUUUCUUUGAGAACAUCGGCACGGUGUUGUGGUUUGCAGUGGUGGGGACUCUGUGGAACAGCAUCGGCAUUGGCAUGUCUCUGUUUGCCAUAUGCCAGAUUGAAGCGUUUGGUGUGCAGGACAUCAACCUCCAGGAGAACCUGCUGUUUGCCACCAUCAUCUCGGCCGUGGACCCUGUGGCCGUGCUGAGCGUGUUUGAGGACGUGUCUGUGAACGAGCAGCUCUACAUCGUGGUGUUUGGGGAAUGCCUCUUCAAUGAUGCUGUCACUGUGGUGUUGUACAACAUGUUCACCUUUGUGGCGGAGAUGCCGGUUGUGGAGUCAGUGGAUGUGUUCCUGGGGGUGGCAAGGUUCUUCGUGGUCGGGCUCGGUGGGAUGGGCUUCGGCAUCCUGUUUGGCUUUGUGGCCGCCUUCACCACAAGAUUCACCUCCAAGGUCCGAGAAAUCGAGCCACUCUUCAUAUUCAUGUACAGCUACCUGGCCUAUCUGGUGGCCGAGCUCUUCACAAUCUCAUCAAUAAUGGCCAUUGUGACCUGUGCCCUCACCAUGAAGUACUACGUGGAGGAAAAUGUUUCCCAGCGUUCCUGCACAACCAUCCGCCAUGUGGUCAAGAUGCUUGGCUCCAUCUCUGAGACCCUCAUCUUCUUCUUCCUUGGGGUCGUCACCAUAACAACAGAACACGAGUGGAACUGGGGCUACAUCCUGUUCACAUUGCUGUUUGCUUUUGUAUGGAGAGGUCUGGGUGUCUUGGUGCUGACUCAGAUCAUUAACCCUUUCCGGACCAUCCCAUUUAACUUGAAAGAUCAAUUUGGUCUGGCCUACGGUGGCCUGCGAGGUGCAGUUUCAUUCGCUUUGGUCUUCACUCUUCCUGAAAACAUCAUCCGCAAACAGCUCUUCGUCACUGCUACCAUUGCUAUCAUCCUCUUCACUGUCUUUCUUCAGGGCAUCAGUAUUCGACCUUUGAUUGAGUACAUCAAUGUUCGCAGAACCAACCGCAAUCUUGACACCAUCAAUGUAGAGAUUCACUGCAGGCUCAUGGAGCACACCAUAGCUGGCAUAGAGGACCUUUGUGGACAGUGGAGCCACUUCUACUGGAAGGACAAGUUUAUGAAGUUCAACAAUCUAAUCCUGCGGAGGAUCCUGAUCCGAGACAAUCGGGCCGAGUCCAGUAUUGUGGCGCUGUAUAAGAAGCUAGAACUGCAGAACGCCAUGGAGAUCCUGGACACGGUGUCUGGAGACAUCAGUGCUGCUCCGUCCAUUGUCUCUCUCAAUGAGGAUAAGAAAAACUCUGCUAAACCUAAGAAGUUCCUGGCUGCUGACCUGAAGAACAUGCACGACAUCCUGUCCAAGAACAUGUACAAGAUUAGGCAACGGACUGUGGCAUACACAAAUAAGCAUGCCCUGCCCAACGACAGCCGCACCAAAGAGAUAUUGAUAAGACGCCACACCAGCAUCCGCCGCAGCCUCCGACCUGGCAGCUUUCAGUCAUCGGUGGCGCCGAAAUCUCACAAGUACUUCUCUCUUCCUGCUGGGAAAAGUCUGGACUCAAAAUUUCCUCUUGGGAGGCUGAGCUAUACAGAUGAUCAGGAAUCAAUGUCAAAGGUGGCCUACUCAUCCAGACGCUCUCGGAUUGGCCAGCCCGCGCGCUUCUCCUCCAGAGCCAUGAUGCCUCCACACAUGUUGGACACCCUACAAGAGGCGCCCUCUGUUGACAUGCUGGAUAAAAGCACAGGGGAGGAGAGAGGCAGGACGGGGCGUGGCAUGUCCAGAACAAACUCCUCCUCCAGUGAUUCCUGCAUUCCUGGUCCUCGUCGUCACUUCCACUCCUCUGUUGAUAAUGACAGCGGCUCAGCUGUUAACUUUAGAAAUGGGCAUCAUGAAGCAGCAGAGGAGGAAGAGGAGCAGCAGCAGCAGCAGCAGCAGCAGCAGCGUUGGUCUCCAUCUCCAACCUGGGCUGCUGAACCCAGAGACAACGCAACACGAAACCCUCUGCUCAGGCAGCCUCAGUGGAACCCGAAGAUGUAAAAGUGUCCCUGGGCUUUCAAGAGCAGCUAGACUGCCACAGACUGAGUCUCAGGUUCUCAAGCAGCUCCGGGGUCUCUACAUAUAACUGUGUAUUCAUACCACAAAAAGGCCAUGUAAAUGAACACUGGAGGUUCACUGAUUUCUUAUUAGAGAUGAACCACCUUCCAAAAUGAAGUCAGAGGUGUCAACUACAUCAGAAGCACAGUGCACUAUAGCGAAGUAACUGUAUAUGAACUGUCAACAGUGAGUCCAACCAUUCACAUUAAUGUAAUUUAAAUACUUUUAAAUUCCAUAGGAUUUUUUAAAAAUUGUUUAAAGAUAAAGUAAUUUAAACUGUUUUUAGUAAUUAUUUCUUAGUCCUUACAUGUAAAUAUUAUACUUGUUUGUAUUUUAUUGCCUAUUGUUUGUGACAGUUGUACAGUAUGAUUGAAGAUACAAGUUUUGUACAGUAUAUAAGCCAUAUUAGUUUAACAUGAGGAACUAUUGCUGUCCAGUACAAAGUACUCUUGGGACUAACUGGAGGCCUUUUGUAUGUCUGUUAAACUGAUGGACCUCACAAAUCUGGGCCCACUUCAUUAUAUUUUCUUUUAAAAUGUUCUAUGUUAUUGAAAGUUGUUAUCAAGCAUUCUUGAUUAAACCAUGAAUACAA